AUGGCGGGGGGAGCAGUGGUAGUGGGGAAGGGGGAGGAAAAAAGGAAAGGGGGAGGAAAAAAGGAAAAGAGGAAGAAAAAAGGAAAGGAGGAAGGAGGAAAAAAGGAAAGGAGGAAGGAGGAAAAAAAAGAAGACGGGGCAGGGACAACAAAUACAACGAGUGGACAUUAUUGUCCAACGGGUACACACCACGAUGAGGGCGUUCAUGGACAUUUUCCUACUACAUUGAUGGUAAUCGAACGUGUGGCAAUUG